UGUCACAAACAGUCCAUUAGCGUGUCAGGGCUGUCCAACCCACGGGCUCCGGGCAGCAGCUGCACACUGCACUUUCCCUGCAGUACUCGAAGAUCCCGACUCCUAAAAACUUUGUAGCUCUUGUAAUAGAAGUCAGGUAUCAUGAUUUGGACAAAUGGUACAAGUGUCUAUACCAGGUUUCUUAUGUGGCUUCUUCUCCUCUAUAUGUUAAUCAGGAAAGUAAUGCCUGAAGAUAACAUCAUUGCAACCAAGAAAGGCAGAGUCAGAGGGACAAACUUGCAGGUACUGGGGGGAACUGUCACAGCCUUCCUUGGAAUCCCUUAUGGACAGCCACCCAUUGGUAGACUGAGAUUUCAAAAACCAGAACCUCGUGAAGAGUGGUCAGAUGUUUGGGAUGCCACAAGACAUGCAAACUCUUGUUACCAGCUUCUAGAUACAACUUACCCAGGAUUUCCUGGAACAGAGAUGUGGAACCCAAAAACUAACCUAAGUGAAGACUGCUUAUACCUGAAUGUAUGGGUUCCUUCUCCCAAACCCAAGAAUGCAACUGUCAUGGUGUGGAUAUAUGGUGGUGGCUUUGAGACUGGGUCAACUUCCCUACCAGUCUACGAUGGGAAAUUUCUGGCCAGGGUAGAAAGAGUCAUUGUAGUUUCCAUGAACUACAGGGUUGCUGCACUAGGAUUUCUGGCUUUGCCAGGAAACCAGGAAGCUCCCGGAAAUGUAGGUUUGUUUGAUCAAAGACUGGCACUUGAGUGGGUCCAGGAGAACAUAGCAGCAUUUGGAGGCAAUCCAAAAAGUGUGACUAUAUUUGGAGAGAGUGCUGGCUCAGCUUCUGUCAGCUACCAUAUCCUUUCUCCUAAAAGCCAUCCUUUAUUCACAAGGGCCAUCAUGCAAAGUGGAUCUGCAAAUGCCCCCUGGACUGCCAUAACAGCAUCUGAAGCCAGGAACAGAACAAUGGCUUUAGCUAAACAGCUCCAGUGUCCCACCAGCAAUGAGAAAGAGCUGAUUCUGUGCCUCCAAGACAAGGACCCAAAGGAUUUACUGGAGUCUGAAAUUUUUGCUCUAACACAUGACUCUCUUUUACGAGUCUAUUUUUGUCCAGCUGUGGAUGGGGAUUUUCUCUCUGACAUGCCAGAAACGUUGAUCGAGAAGGGUCUUUUCAAACAAACACAGAUCUUAGUCGGUGUUAAUAAGGAUGAGGGAUCAGCAUUUCUAGCAUAUGGAGUCCCUGGCUUCAGCAAGGAUGGUGAUGGCUUGAUCAAUAAAACACAAUUUGAAGAAGCUUUAACUCUGGCCUUCCCACAGGCAAGCCAGCUUGCAAUAGAAUCAAUCAUUUUUCAGUACACAGAUUGGGAAAACGAACAAAAAGCAGAACAUUACCGUGAUGCCAUGGAUGAUGUUAUUGGUGACUACAAUAUAAUAUGUCCCACGAUAGAAUUCACCAAAAAAUUUGCACAACCAGGGAGCAACGUGUUCUUUUACUUCUUUGAACAUCGGUCAUCAAAGCUCCCUUGGCCAGAGUGGAUGGGAGUCAUGCACGGGUACGAGAUCGAGUUCGUGUUCGGGUUGCCCUUAGAAAGAAAAGUGAAUUACACCAAAGCUGAAGAAACCCUAAGCAGGUCCAUGAUGAGAUAUUGGGCAACUUUUGCAAAAACUGGAAUCCCAAAUGCGACCCUGGCUGAUGGAAAGCAAUGGCCAGUCUUCACCAGUACUGAACAAAAAUAUUUGACACUAAAUACCGGCACUUCAGAGAUACUGGCAAAAUUACGUGCUCAGCAAUGUAGAUUCUGGAAUAUUUUCUUCCCCAAAGUCCUGCAAAUGACAGGAAAUAUUGAUGAAGCAGAACGAGAGUGGAAAGCAGAAUUCCAUCGCUGGAACAAUUACAUGUCAGACUGGAAAAAUCAAUUUAAUGAUUACACUAGCAAGAAGGAGAGAUGUGCAGGCUCUAAUUAAUAUGUUUACCCUUU